CAGAGCCAGGGUGCGUUGAAUUGAAAGCAGAGCGAUGUCCUGAUGUUUGUCGUUUCUGCAAUGGGCAAACAGAGAAUGAACAACCAGAAACCACAGCUCCGAUCCUGGUUAAUCGCUCAGAUUAACAGCGGCAGUUACCAUGGACUGCGUUGGUUGAAUAAAGAAAAAACCAUGUUCCGUAUUCCCUGGAAACACGCCGGCAGACAGGACCUGUGUGAGAAUGAUUACAGCAUCUUCAAGGGCUGGGCAACGGUGAGUGGGAAAUGUACUGAUGGUCCACCCAAAUGGAAAGCUAACUUCCGAUGUGCCCUCAACAAUAUUGACUCAUUCAGUUUGCUGGAGGACAACUCAAAGGAAUCAUCAGAUCCACAUAAAAUCUAUGCCAUAACUAACCAGAAGAUCAGUUCAGCUGUUGAUCCAAAUAUGGAUGGAGCUCUGCAGGAAGAUGAUAAUCUCGAAUCACAACUGCACAUCAAUCCUGAGACUAACCUGGAACAGCCCAACUUUGCAUUGCACUGCUCUGCAAUGUUUCACCCUCAGGGACAGUUAGAAGAAUGGAUUCCAGAAUUUGAUUUAAUGAAUCUGUCGGAUAGUGCUGAAGACCAAAUGGCCCCUGGCCUGUUCUAUCCAGCGAAUAUCUAUAACCCAGUGAUGAACAGAUUCGACAGUCUCCAGGUGCCUCUGGACACCCAUCCCCAGGAAGUUUUCAGUGUGUCCCCAGCUCAAGUCGUGCCCACUGAUGAGUACAGGGAACUGCCAAGUCACACAUUCAACACAGACCAAACGUGGGAACCUCUGCAUGUCCCAACAUCUCAUGUAAUGGAGAAUACGGCCCAGGAGAUACCAGUACACUACCUUACUCCUGAUGUCCCUCUGAAUCCGGCUGCACAAACACAGGUUGAAAUUCCAAUCGUAUCUCAACUCCAACAAGUUCUAAGAGAUUUUGACCUUACCAUUUACUAUCGUGGCAAAGAGGUUUUUCAGAGCACAGUUAGCAAUGCUUAUGGCUGCCGCCUGUAUCAUGAUGAAGAGAAUGAAAGAUUCACUCAGCUACAACAAAUCAGGUUCCCAAGUACAGAGGAGAUAAAGGAUCGCCAACAGAAAAAGUUCACCAAUUGUCUCCUGUCAAACAUGGCGGGAGGACUUCUCCUGGAGAGUAAAAAUGGAGAUCUUUUUGCCAAGAGGCUGGGCAAGUGCCAAGUCUUUUGGACUGGCUCAGGGGCAUCCAUGAAUGAGGAGUCAAAGAAGCUGAACCGAGAUGAGGAGAUUAAGUUAUUCAGCCUGAAAGAUUUCUUCACGGAAUAUAUGGAGUUCAUGUUGCAGGAACAUGGAAUGCCACAAAGCUCCAUCUUCCUAUGCUUUGGACAACAAUUCCGAAUAGGAAAUGAGAAGAAGAAACUCAUCCUGGUCAAGAUUGUUCCUAAAAUCUGCAUCUGUCUGAUUGAAUAUGCCCAUCAAGAAGGAGCAUCCUCACUGAACAGUGAAAAUGUCAGCCUGCAGAUCUCCAACAAUUCCAACACAUCAUCCAUGGAGAACUUGAUAGCUUUAAUCCAAGAAUUGGAAAGUAUAAUGGAGGUAGAGUAGCUGAGGCACUGGUCCCAGGCAGUGGGCGCUUCGAAUAUCUGCAAAUGUCAACUUGUCGUGAAAAUCUCCUCUUGAUCACACCUGCACAUGUAGCUACAAAGUAUUCUGACCCAGUUCCUACAAUGUUUAGCCAGAAAGAUCUUCUAGAACUUGUCACUGUCUCUUAACCUUUGUGCAUUUGAGUCCCGGGCAAAUCUUCAGUAUAAUCUUUUAGGCAUUCAGAGGAAUGUUUCUUGCAUCUUGCUUUUUUCUAGUUACUGGUCAAGAUAUUUGACUGUUUGCAACCAUUCAAAAAGCUGGAUCAGAAUUUGCUUCCAUCUCAGCUGGUUCUUGCUAGUAAGGAAAAAUAACAGAAGAUUAAACAUCAAACCCACCUUUAUUUCACAAUAGUACUGAUUCAGUUAAAGUCUGGAAGCAGCAGAUAUUGGUCAUCGUGAAGAACAACACACUCUGCUGCAUAGUGUGUUGCUCAUUCGGGAAACUGGAAAUCAAGAUUCAAACAACCUGCAUUUCUGUUGCUUCCCCUAGUGACUUCAGGAUGUUUCGAAGUACUUUUCAGCAAAAAAAGUACUUUUUUAUAAUUGAUGUACAGAUUUAUUCCACAAAAAGUAAUGGCCAGAUGAAGCACACGGUGGGGCCAUAGAUUUAGAUUGUUUGGCAUAGGGCAAUUUUUUGUUUUGCUUACCAGCCUACCAUGAAGCUUUGUUUUUGAAAGUAGGGAAAAGUAUUUCGGCAUUGCAGUUUUUAUUAUCUGUUUUUGGAAAUUUAAAUGUCUUUUCUUUUGGUCCCUUCCAUUCAAAAGAUGCUGCAGUCAAUUUUAGUCCACUGUCCUGCUCUACUACCAGUUUGUAAAUCCUUUCCCAUCAAGUCUCAGGAUGUUAGCCUCCAUAGCAAGGCCAGCAUUUGUUGCUCAUCCCUGUUUGUUGUUGAGAAGUUUGAGGUAAGCCACUGAUUUGAACAACUGUAGCCUAUCAGAUGUUGAUAUACUGUUAAGGAGUUGCAGUCUGUCGAUGCAGUGACAGUGAAAGAACAGUGAUAGAGUUCCAUAUCAGUGUGUGACUUUGCAGCAGUGUUGUCCUGUGUUUUGUCUUUUGCAAAUAGUGAUGGUCCUGGGUGUGGAGGUGCAAAUUUUUUUAAAAAGAAGCUCUGCAAGUUAAGUUGCUGUGUAGGUGUUAUUCAACAAAAGAGAACCUACCCUGUAAUUCUUUAAAAAGGUGAGCCCAUUUUCAAAUCAAUGGCACAGGAGUUCCCAAAGGCCUGGUUGAAUCUUUCUGAUUAGACACUGGGGAGCAAAGGUGAAAGUGAGCUCUGAUUCUCACACAGAAACAGUCAAACUAUUUCUCUGAUACCAGAGUCAUACUGAGGCAAAACAAACAAACCAACUUGUUUGUUUCAAAUUUUGAGAGAAAAAAAUAUCUUAUGUUUCUAUAAAUACUGAAAAUUAGGACCAAUCACGGAGCACUUUUUUAAAUAUAUUUCUGAUUAACUUCAGUUGAAAUUAUAUAAUAGCUGACGUUGCCCAUGGUUCUACAGCAGCAAGAGUGUUGGAGUUUAAUGGGUUCACCAACAAUAUCUCCCCUCAAAACAUUGUCCUGGAGUGUCCAGAGUUUCUUGGCGAUGAUUGUUGGGGAUUAUCUUGUUUUUAGAUCAAGGGAGAGAGCUGCAAGCAAGCUAGUAGUAGAGUUUCCUCAAACAUUUUAAGGUAGGUUAUUUUAAUGUCACUUAGCCCAAUAUCUGGGAGUGAAUAAUCUCACUCUCAGUUCCCGCAUGGACUCUAUCCAGUCCUUUGCCUCGCAACACCAUGAACUGUAAAACAGACACUGGCACACUUAAAGUUAGGGACUUAAAAAAGGGGUUAUGCUGCAAGUUCUGGAAUUUAAACAAAGCAGAAUAUUCUAGAAUUACUUGGAAGAUCCAGUAGUACCUUUUCUUUAAAAAAAGCAAGUCAUCUUUGGGUGAUGUUGUCCCUCGUAGCUAUGUGAUUAACUCCUGGUCUGGGCAACCCACUCCAUUCAGAGGCUGUAGUGAGAGAGGGUUUAGCCUGCAAGCCUUGAAAAUUUGCCCUUCAAAUGUUAAUUUCCAAAGUUCGAGUAUCUUUCUAAGAAGUGCAUGCAGACUCAGUUGGCUGAAUAAAGUUAAAUGCUGCCUUAUUCUAUGUUAAAUUCUUUUAUCUGCUGUAAACAGAAAGCAUAAGGGAGUGGCUUUAAGGCUUUUCACUAACCUGUCACAAAAAUACAUGAAACCUCUUAAAACUGAUAGUCCUUAACUUCAAGGCAGAAACCAGUAUGUUAGAACAUUCAGGAAACGUCAGCCGAUUCUGCCCGCUUGUUACUUUUCUUCUGUGUGAUAUUUCUCUUGCUGCUGCCUCUUCAAGAAACUUUCAACCUCUUUUCGGGUCGUUGAUUUUUAUACUUUGAAACAAAAGUUAAAGCAGAAAACCUGACAAUCCAUCUCAUCAGUGGGGACUUCUCUGAUGCUGGUCAUGAUGGUUUGAAUUCAGGCAUUGUAACCACACUCCUGGGUUUUCAGAGAGCAAUGGUUACAGAGAGUCAAUAUUCCGCUGGUAGGAUGGAGUUAGAAAAUGUUUACCAAAAAUGAUUUAAGGGCUUCCUUUUAAGCUGUGAGUUGAGGACAACGUGCAUUCAUCUCAUCACACUGGACGAAUGAUGUGAAAGUAGUCUAGAGAAUCUUAAUUUCUAGGUGUUACUUUGUACAAAAAUUGCAUUUUAAGAUCCCUUUCAUUUCAUAGAUUGUUGAUUUGUUUCAGGAUGACCUCUUUGAUUCUGCCCAGUCUUAUUUCCAGUGAUCCAGGUGACUGUAUUUCCCUUCCCGUAGAUCGGGGUUGGGGGACGCGGUGGGGAGCGGGGCUGGUGUGUGUUUGGUGGUGGGAUAUCAUUCCUGCUGGCCAGGCAGAAUGGGGUACUCCUGGUCUCAGCCCAAGGCAGCAGCAAUCUUCAGUGCAGAGGUCACUGAGAAAAAGCCAUUUGAUUCCAUUUGAGCUUGCUGCUCUUUGAGGGCAGAAUCUGGCCCCAGCUAAAACUGGGGAACUGUCAGAUGUUACUGAUUCAGUGAUAGUGUCAGUCAUGAAAUCAAUCUGAGGAUUCCCAAACCAACUUUGGAAUAAGUACUUAUUGAUAGGGACAGGAAUUGCUCUACAUUAGUCAUGGGAUCAUUAGAUCCCAAAACAAGCUACCAGAUGUUGGUAGCAGAUAUACAAUCACUCCAUUUCCCAAUGAAAUAUCUUGAGGAGGAAUUUAUUGUGUGGUGAGGUGAUUAGGGCUUCGAUGAAUUGCUAAGCUGAAUUCUCUCAGUAUCCAAAGUACCACUAGUGUUGUGGUACUCCCUCCAGGAUCAGGAUGGUUCUCAUUUUGGUGCUAAGUUAAUCUGCAUUCAAUGCACAUUUGGCACUUGUAGUCCAGGUGACAGGGUCUUCCGAGGGAAACCAUGUGUAUGAGGUGUUUUCAGGUCACCUGCUGACUGAAUUUGACCUGAAGAGGGUGGAUGGGGGAGUCAAAUGAAAAAGGUGCACAUUCUGGGGUCCAUUGUUGUAUGGUUGACCCACAGAUCUCAUUUGGGAGAUAAUACCUUCAAUUAGAUGUCCCCCAACCAUUGAAACCCUUUCAAUCUGCACUUUGAAAAAAGAACCCAUUUUCCCCAGCUCAGCAGAGCCUGAACAGUCUUACUGGGGUUAUAAGGGUGAAGUGUACAUAUCUUUCUAAAACUAUAUCCUUUAUAUUUUAUAAUUUUGCUGUUUAAAAUUUUCUUGAAGUUUAUUAAA